UAUGAAUAAUAUACUUAGCAGAUCUAUUAAAUUUUACUCAAGAAAUAAAAGAAAAAUUGAUCCACAUUUAACGAUUUUAGGACUUUAUCUUACAACAAAAUUCCUAUUCAGAAGAGCAAAAGCAAUUAUUUCAACAUUAAGUUUAUAAUAAGUAGAUAUUGCAAACAGAUAUGGAAAGGGAUCAUAUGCAUUAAUAACUGGGGGAGCUGGUGGAAUUGGAAGAGAAUUUGCUUUAGAUUUAGCUAGAAAAGGAUUCAAUUUGAUUAUUGUAGAUUUUAAUUAAGCAAGCUUAGAUUCAAUACAAUAAGAAAUAAAAUCAAUCAAAAGUGAUCUAAUGGUGAAAACUUUAUUAAUUGAUUUUGCUUAAGGUGAUAAUCCAGAAUUCUAUAAAAAAUUUUAGUAAGAAAUUUCAAAGUUAGACAUAUCUAUAUUAAUUAAUAAUGUUGGAACAUCAAAAGGAUAAUUUGGAAUUUUUAAUAGAUUACCAAUGAAAAAUAUUAUAGAAGGAUUUAAUAUAAAUUUUGUUGCCCAAAUAAUGGUUACAUAAGCUGUCAUUAAUCAGAUGAUAUUAAGAAAUAAAUACUAAUCAUUAAUAUUGAAUUUAAGUUCUGCUUCAGCAUAUUAUCCAUAUCCAUUUUUUUUUGGUUAUGGAGCAUCUAAAGUAUUAUAGUUAAUAAUAUUUAGAUUGGAAUUGCAAAUUUUUUUGAUGCUUUAUCAUUAGAAUUAAGGAACCAUAAAAAUAUUGACAUAUUAACUUUAAAGCCUUAUUAUGUAAGCACUGCAAUGAUAAAUCAUCAAAAAGGAGCUUUUAUAAUUUAGCCACAAAAGCUUGUUUAAUCUACAUGGAAAUAUGUUGGAAGGACAAAUGAAAUUACUCCAAAUUGCAUUCAUUAAAUCUAAUUAUACCUUGAAAGUUUAUUGCCAAUAUUUUUAAGAAAUUUUAUGUCAAGGAUGUCCCAUGAAAAGGGAGCUGAAGCUGUAACUCAGAUAUAAGAAUGA